AUGGAUCACUACGCGAGUCAGGUGACGGAGAGGGUGACGUCGGACGCGGUGGCGAGGUUGGGGAGAGAGAUGGGUGGUGAGGAGGAGGAGGAGGAGGCGAUUGUACCGUUUGAUUUUUCGGAGCCGUCUCCGGACGACAUUGUGCUGGCGGAGCAGAAGAAGGCGUUCGUGAAGGGAGGAGAGGUGUUUGAGUCGAGGGCGAGUGAGUCGAGGUGCGCGGAGAGGGGGAGAAAGGGGCCGAUAGUGGCUGGAGGGAGUCGAUACAGAGGGCCGAUCGUGGCGGGUGGGAGAGCGUGUGGGACAAGAGAGAAGGAAAAGGGCGAGAGAAAGAGGGGAGAGGGGAGCGGUGAGGAGGUGAAGGGAGCGGCGGAUGAGGUGAAGGGGAGGUCUGAAUUGAGGGAGUGCGGAGCUGAGGGUCACAGGGGUGCGAACGUGUUGGGUGGGUCAGAAGGGAGGAGGGAGUCGACGGUUGGUGCGGGGAGGGAGGAGUCGCGUUUGAAUGGAGAGGUGAAGGCGAUGGAGAGCGAUUUGAAGGGUUUGCAGAUGAGACACCAGAGUUUUAACCUCGGCCACAGCACGGCGGUGGAGAGGGGUCAGCUGAAGUCGUUGGGGAAGCAGAUGAGCGAGGCGAAGAGAGAGAGGGCGCUAUCGGAGUUGAUGGGUGAACAGGAGGGUCGUGGUAGGAAGGAGCGGCUGGGGAUGGUGAUCAUAGGUCACGUCGAUUCUGGAAAGAGCACAACGAUGGGACACGUGCUUUAUUUGCGAGGAAAGGUCGACAAGAGGACGAUCGAGAAGUACGAGCAAGAGAGCAGAGAAAUAGGAAAAUCGAGCUUUCACUACGCGUGGGUGAUGGACGAGGAUGAGGAGGAGAGAUUGCACGGAGUUACGGUGAACGUUGCGAUACAUUUGCUCGAGACGGAGAAAUAUGUCGUGACGAUUUUGGACGCGCCUGGACAUCGGGAUUUUACUCCGAAUUUGAUUUCUGGAAUUAUCCGAGCGGACGUCGCUUUGUUGGUGGUGGAUGCGUCGUCGGAAUUCGAGCAGAGGAACGUGCUGGAGGCCGGGCAAACUCGAGAGCACAUCUUGCUGGCGAGGUCGCUGGGAAUCGUGCAACUUAUCGUGGCGGUGAACAAGAUGGACUCGGUCGGCUGGGAAGAAAGCAAGUUUGAAAGUGCCAAAUCCACGCUGCUCUCUUUUUUCAAGAAGAUCGGAUUCAAGAGCUCGAAUGUCUUGUUCGUCCCGAUAAGCGGUCUAGAAGGGGUGAACUUGGUCGGACCUAACUCAGGGAGCCCCUCGUGGUAUCAAGGGCCGACGCUCUUGGAAGCGAUCGACAGCUACAAGCCAAUCAAGCGGGACUACACCAAGCCCUUCAGGUUCAGCAUCGCCGACGUAUUCAAGGACACUCGAGGGUUCGGAGUCGCCGUCUCCGGCAAAAUCCCGACCGGAUUCGUCAACACGGGCGACAAACUGCUCCUCAUGCCCUCGAAAAGGCUCUGCGUCGUCAAAGCCAUCCGGUGUCACGGAGAACUCAAACCCAGAGCGGUCGCCGGUGAGAACGUCGAAAUAGGACUCCAAGACGUAGACAUCCAACACCUCAACAUAGGCGACGUUCUAUGCGACCCCUCUAACCCAAUCAAGGUGGUCAGCCUGUUCCAAGCACAGCUGACCACCUUCAACUUGGAAGUGCCCCUCUUCCAAGGACAAGACGUCGCCAUAUUGAUUCACAAUUCGAACCAGGUCGCCACCCUUUCGGAAAUCAUCGGCAUAUGCAAUCCGAACGGAGAAAUCACCAAAAAAAGCCCGAAAGUUCUCGAAGACCGCACCAACGCCAUCGUCAACAUCCGCGUCCAGCCGCCCGUGUGUGCCUACCUGUUUCAAGAUUGCAGGGCGUACGGCAGAUUCACUCUAAGAGAUAAAGGGAAAAUUCUGGCCGCGGGCAUCAUCACGAAAAUACUCGAACAGUCCCCGUACAUGCCCAGGUCGUCCUCUUCCAUUCGCUAA